GCGCAAGCUGUUUCACGGGUCUCGUCAUUCGCGUUCAUUCAUUCACAGUUUGCUCUCUUGAUGCUAGGAAACGACCAACCUCUGAUGCAGCCGAUAGAUGGCGAACAAAAGAAACGUGUUUGUUACUUCUUCGAUUCCGACAUCGGGGGCUUUCACUAUGGACCUGGUCAUCCAAUGAAACCAACCAGGAUACGGAUGUGCCAUUCUCUGGUGAUGAAUUAUGGCUUGUACAAAAAGAUGGAGAUUUUCGUCCGUUCCGUCUCUGCUUACUUAGCUUGAUACACGUCACUCAGGCAUCGUUUCCCUCCUCAGCGAGCAAAACCAGCUACAAAAAGGGAGAUGACGCAGUUCCACUCUGACGAAUAUGUUGAAUUCCUUGCUCGCAUCACCCCGAGCAACAUGAACUCGUUCGUAAGAGAACAACACAAAUAUAAUGUUGGUGACGACUGUCCUGUCUUUGAAGGGCUAUUUGACUAUUGCUCAAUAUCUGCUGGAGGUUCAAUGGAGGGCGCUGCGAGGCUCUCGAGGGAUAAAUGUGAUAUUGCGAUCAAUUGGGCGGGAGGACUUCACCAUGCGAAAAAAAGUGAAGCCAGUGGCUUUUGUUAUGUGAACGAUAUCGUCCUCGGUAUCCUAGAACUACUGCGCUAUCAUCAACGGGUGCUCUACAUUGACAUAGAUGUUCAUCAUGGCGAUGGCGUAGAGGAGGCCUUCUAUACAACCGAUCGAGUCAUGACCGUCAGCUUCCAUAAAUACGGAGAAUACUUUCCUGGAACAGGGGAGUUACGUGAUGUUGGGGUGAUGAAAGGAAAGUACUAUUCGCUUAACUUCCCUCUACGCGAUGGUAUUUCCGACGAUAAUUACAAGUCCGUCUUCGAACCGGUGAUUCAACAAGUCAUGGAGACGUAUGAUCCAUCCGCAAUCGUUCUCCAAUGUGGGACGGACUCACUAUCGGGAGAUAAACUGGGAUGCCUCAAUUUAUCCAUGCGAGGGCAUGCAAAUUGCGUGAAAUUCGUCAAGUCCUUCAAUAAGCCACUAUUAUUGCUUGGAGGUGGUGGGUAUACGAUGCGUAACGUGAGCCGAGCUUGGGCGUACGAGACUGGUUUAGCUGCUGGGGUUGAACUUGGAUCCGAUAUCCCAGUCAAUGAAUACUAUGAAUACUUUGGACCAGGUUAUCAACUUGACGUCAAGUCCUCCAACGCGGAUGAUCUUAAUGGCCCAGCCUACCUCAAUCGCGUUAAAAGGAUCGUUAUGGAGAACCUUCGGCACAUGGGUGGGCCGCCCAGCGUCCAAAUGUCCGAUAUUCCAUCGCUCCCAAUCGAUCAAGUCAUGGAUGAGCCGAACGAGGAAGAGGACCUCAUCCCCCCAGACACGCGAAGGCCUCGUCGACUACUUGACAGUCGGAGACAAAACGAUGGAGAAAUUUCUGACUCUGAUGACGAAGGUGAAGGUGGUCGAAGGAAUCAUGCUAGUAACAAAGAUGCGGAUAGCGCAAGCGAGGUCAAUGGGACUAGGGGCCGUAAAUACCCAGUUGGGGCGGGUAUCAUGAACUCGAGCAGUACGCUCACUCACGGGGCAGGUCCCACUGGACACACCACUGCAGUGAGAAUACUGUCCAAGGGUUCGAGCGCAAAGAUGGAUGUAGAUAGCCGCGCUCCUGCGUCCGAUUCAGAGCCGCUCGUGAUUGGCAAUGGAGAGGCAGAGAAGCCUACCGAUGAAGACAUGGCGAUUGACUCGGCAUCUACCUAAGUCAUCUGUAUUCCAGUUACCUUCUAGUCGUAAUGCUCUCAUAGGUUUGGGCUUUGCUUUGUGUCAGGACUGAAUCUCUAUAAUUGGCACUGCCA